CGGCUGACUGGCUGCCAGGCCCGUAUUUGAGGAGCUCGCAUCGCCUCCCCCGCAGUCUGAAGCCAGAGACAGACAGGCCAAGGGGAGAGACCACGACGCCGUGCGAAGAUGAGCUUCUUCGGCAGCAACUUGGUGUUCAAGGGCGUGGACGCGCACGCGAAGAUCAACAACCGCGAGCAUCGCACCGACGAGCUUCCCCAAGAUCAGCUGAUCGUGCGGCGAGGUCAGGCCUUCAAGGUCACCUUGAAGCUGACCAAGCCCUUCAAGCGCGACCAGGAUUCCCUCGUCCUCGUGGCCUCCACCGGAGGACGACACGCCUCCGAGGAGAAGGGCACCUCGUGCCGCUUCGGCAUCCCGGAGUCGGUCGACCGCCGGGGUUCCGCCAAGGCCCCGUGGACGGCCAAGCUGGACGCCGGCUCGUCUCCCUCCGCCCCGGUGGUGCUCGUCACGGCCCCCGCGGACGCCCCCGUCGGCAGGUACACCUUGAAGGCCACCCUGUGGGGGGAGGACAAGAUCCUCACCACGCUGGUGCUGCUCUUCAACCCCUGGUUCUCCGGAGACUCGGUGUUCUUGCCAAACGAGCAGGAGAGACGAGAGUACGUGUUGAACGAGCAAGGACUCAUCUACCGAGGAAGUUUUGAUUACAUUUCGGCUCUCAACUGGGACUUUGGACACUUUGAAGACGACAUGGUAGAUAUUUGCCUCCUGCUCCUGGACAAGAGUCUGAAGUACCAAGACGACCCCAGCGCCGAUCUGGCCUCCCGCGGCGACCCGGCCUACGUGGGCCGCGUGCUCAGCGCUAUGAUCAACAGCCCGGACGAUCCCGGUGUGGUGAUGGGCAACUGGUCGGAUUCCUUCGAGGGCGGCCUGUCGCCCUCCCACUGGAGCGGAAGCCACGACAUCUUGUCCAAGUGGAAGAAGAGCAACUGCCAGCCGGUCAAGUAUGGACAAUGCUGGGUGUUUGCCGGCGUCAUGUGUUCAGUGAUGCGUUUGCUGGGCAUUCCCACGCGCGUGAUCACCAACUUCGUGUCGGCCCACGACACCGACGCCAACCUGAAGGUCGAUAUCUACCACGCCGACGUGGGGGCCAGCUACAGAGAGUCCACGGACAGCAUCUGGAACUAUCACGUGUGGGUCGAGUCGUGGAUGAAGCGUCCCGACCUGAAGGCCAACGGCAAACACGACGGCUGGCAGAUUUUGGAUGCCACUCCGCAGGAACCCAGCGAGGGCGUGUACCAGUGCGGCCCCGCCUCUUUGGCGGCCAUCUUGAACGGCGAGACCCACCUCCCGUACGACGUCCCGUUCGUCUUCGCCGAGGUCAAUGCCGACUGCGUCGACUGGCUGAUCAAAGCUGACGGCACCAAGGUAGUUAUUGACUCGGACACCAAACGAGUUGGUAAGAACAUCUCCACUAAGGCGGUUGGCUACGACAAGCGGGUCAACGUCACCAGGUCCUACAAAUACAGGGAGGGCUCGGAGGCGGAGCGCGCCGUGUUCAAGUACGCCAUCAGCGACGACAAAGAGGACGACGACUCUGCGGGCGGCUCGCUCCCGCCGGCCCCCCCGCCGAAGCUCACCAUGCGCUUCGAUGAGGUCUCGGUACCGGAGUACGGCAAGGACGUGCAACUGAAGUUGGCGCUGAGCAGCGACAGUCGCGUGGAAAGGAAGCUCAGCGUCACCGUCAGCGUGCAAGCGAUGAGGUACAACGGCACCUUGGUGGCCGCCGUCCAGUCCGAAGUCAAGAAGGAGACGCUGCUGCCUUUCAGAGAGCUGUCGGUGCCCGUCGUGAUCCCCGUGCGCUCGUACUUCGCUCACAUGGGGCGAGCCGACAGCUUGAAGGUGUCGGCCCUGGUGACGGACGAGCGGCAUCCCGAGAAAACGUACCUAGCGGAGGACGACGUGAUGCUUCGAGACCCCCCCGUCAUCGUCAGCGUUUCCGGUUUUGUCCGCCAGCACCAGAGGACGUGGGCAGAGGUGAUCUUCAUGAACCCCGUCCAGGAGACCCUGACGGGAAUGACGCUGACCGUGUCGGGGAGCGGCCUCCUGCGGGAGGAGUUGGAGCAAAGACUUCCCGACUUGUCUCCCAACCAGCGCAUCCGCGUCCAGUUUGAGUUUACCCCGUACAGAACGCGACAGAAGAUCCUGGUGGCCGACAUUCACGCCAGCGCUUUUAAAGAUUUCAAGGGCAGCUGCGUGGUCAAUGUCAGACUGUGAAUUGACCGUCUUUUCUUUUCUUUUUUUUUGGGGGGGGAAAUAUCUGCUCAAAAAGAUACUUUUUGAACCAGUGGGUGCUUUAUUUGGUGCUUCUUUUUUUUUUUUAUGUUUUAAUCCAAACAUGAGCAAAACAUUUUGCUACUUUGAGGCUCGGUGCUAUGCUUUUUCUCAAGCUUUUUAAACAUUUUUAUGACAUGCCCACAAGAGGGCGGCAGCGUCAGCCAAGAGGUUUACUAUUGCAACAUUGGAAAGGGUUUGGUAGUUACAAAAAAAAUGAAUAAAUAAUUUGUCGUUUGACUUUUACUAUUCAGCGGCAUACUUUUUUGCUGUCAAGAAUGUUUUCAACCUGAAAAUAAAUAAAGCAUUGACGACAGCCACAAUGAUUGACUGAGAUGA